AUGGCAGUUAGGUCUGGUCCUCACGAAAUGUCCGAAAAAGGACAUCAUAAUGCACAUGAAUCAUCAUCUGUUGGCGUUGGACUAGUUUCCUCACUGAUGAAAUCAUGGAGAAUUUCUUCUUCAUCUUCGUCCUCACCAAAGGCUGCAUCCGAUCCAGAACUUUCCACAUCACGAAGGAGUUCACAAUCAAACAACGAUAAUAACCAUAGGACAGGUGCCAUUUCAUUGAUGAAUGAUCAAAAAUUUGCUGAUAGCGAUGGGAAUUUUGAUGCCAUUGCAAAGCAGAAAACAAGUACUAUCAGGACACCAUCGGCUUCAUAUUCUCCAAUGAGGUAUAUGAGCCCUAGCAAUACAAACAACGUUACGAAUGAAAGUCCACGAACAUCAUUACUACGUCACAAUAACCAUCAUUCAAGUACACAUACGUUAACGCAUACUAUAAGUAAUACAACUACUGGUAAUGGACGUGAACCUUCGAGUUCAAGGCAUCAUGAUAGAUAUUUUAAAGAUUUGGAUGAAGAUUGGAGUGCUGUGAUAGAUGAUUAUAACAUGCCAAUACCAACGAUACUGAAUGGUGGUGUGGAUUCCCCAUAUGCACUAUCAAGGAAAUCAACUACAUCGUCUAUUAAUACGACAUCUGUAAGAUCUACAUCGUUCAAUUAUCCGCAGUUACCUCAUAUUCAAAAAGUAGAUAGCUCCGAUUUACGAUCUGAAGAAGAAUUAGAUGCUGAACGUAAUGUACAAGAAUUAAACUCCAUGAUUCAAAGGAUAGCUAAAUUUGACGACAUUUUGAAAAAUAAACAUAUUAUUAAUCAACAACAAUUAAGGGAAAUAAGUUGGAAUGGUGUUCCAAAAAUACAUAGACCCGUGGUCUGGAAACUUCUAAUUGGUUACUUACCUGCAAAUACCAAGAGACAAGCUCUUUUCCUACAAAGGAAAAGAAAAGAGUACAGAGAUGGACUCGAUCAUACGUUCUCUAAUCAACAUUCACGAGAUAUUCCAACAUGGCAUCAAAUAGAAAUUGAUAUACCGAGAACAAAUCCACAAAUCCCCUUAUAUCAAUUUAAAUCUGUUCAGGCAAGUCUUCAAAAAAUACUUUAUUUAUGGGCAAUAAGGCAUCCAACGAGUGGUUACGUGCAAGGGAUAAAUGACUUGGUCACUCCAUUUUAUCAAACUUUUUUAACUGAGUACCUUGAUCCAUCUCAAGUUGAUGAAGUCGAAAAACUCGAUCCAGAAACAUAUAUGACGAAAGAACAAAUAUUAGACAUAGAGGCAGAUACCUUUUGGUGUUUAACAAAAUUAUUGGAACAAAUAACAGAUAACUAUAUUCAUGGUCAACCAGGUAUAUUGAAGCAAGUAAAAAACCUGUCUCAGCUAGUAAAACGAAUCGAUAUUGAUUUAUAUAACCAUUUUCAGAAGGAGCAUGUAGAGUUUAUUCAAUUUGCAUUUAGAUGGAUGAAUUGUUUAUUGAUGAGAGAAUUUGAAAUGGGGACUGUCAUUAGAAUGUGGGACACGUAUCUAUCCGAGACAUCUCAAGAGAUAACCUCCUCCACGAAUUCUACGACACCUACUGACCCUUCAAUGCCUCCACUAACACCUAAGGAACAAAGUUCGGCAACCUUUGUUACCCCUACUAACGAUUCCUUCCGAUCACCAUCUUCAGCAACAAUAACAAAUAAUAUGAAUACCUCUAGCGACAAUUCCACAAGAAUAAGACAGUCUUCUUUAAAUGAAUUUCAUGUGUUCGUAUGUGCGGCGUUUUUAAUAAAGUGGUCUGACCAACUAAUGGUCAUGGAUUUUCAAGGUAUUAUAACGUUUCUGCAAAACCCACCAACAAAAGAUUGGACGGAAACUGAUAUUGAAAUGUUACUUGGUGAAGCAUACAUUUGGCAAUCACUCUAUAAAGAUGCCACAUCACACUGGUUAUGA